AUGAAAAUCUACACCAUGCCUAUCUCCCAGCCCGCGCGGGCUCUGUCCUGGGCCUGUGCCUGCGAAGGCACCCCGGUGGAGGAGGUCCAGAUCAUGCCUGGCAAGGACACGAGAAGCGAGGACUACAAGAAGCAGGGGGCUAUUUUUGCAGUUCCCCGCUUGGAGGAGGACGGCUUCAUCCUCAACGAAAGCCACGCGAUCAUGGCGUACCUCGGCGACCGAUUUAACUGGAAGCUCUAUCCCAAAGAGCCUCGCACGCGUGCACGAGUCCACCAGUACAUGAACUGGCACCACCAGAACACGCGCCGCAUUACCAUCGCCCUCUUCGCACCGGUGAUGAGACCGGAUAUGCAGAUACCGCAGCCUACGAUUGAUAUGUGGAUGAAGGAGAUCAAGAUCACGCUGCAAACCAUUGAGCGCUGGCUGUCGGAGAGCACAUGGCUCUGCGGUUCAGAGCCGACUGUGGCAGAUUUGUCCUGCUAUUGCGAGGUGGGCCAGUGCUUGGACAAGUACACGGGACUCUUCGCCGUGAAUGACAUAGACCUCUCAGCGUAUCCGAAGAUCCAGCAGUGGCUGGUAGCUUGCGAGGGAUUGCCCGGCUACGAGAAGAGCCACACAGCGCUGAAGCAGCUUGGCCCCACCAUCCGGCGCAAGGCCGAAAAGCUGAAGUCCAAGCUGUGA